GCUCUCCUUUGACAGUUGGAGCUUGGGAAAAGAGCAAGCAUAAGCAUCAGCUUCCACCGCUAUCUUGAAAGGACUAUAGUAUCUUAUAAGAUGAUGUAGGCUGUACACUACACCGAAAAUUGAUCCAACCUAAGUCUCGUUCUCGUCGUCAAAGUGGCACUGUAUGCCGCGUCCUGGCAAAGCAUGCUGUUCAAGACGAAGAGGUAGCCUAGGAAUGGGCUCAGGUUUGGGGACGGAAGCUGUUUGUCUGGAAACAAAACAACGACUGUGGCUUCGCGAAGCUUAGAGGCAGCAUUAAGACUAAUCUCAUGCAAUCUCAAAAAUAUAAAAGCUACAAUAUCAGUAUUGCUUGGAGAUGGAGCAGGUAUAUUAAGAGAAAAGGGAGCAGCAGUCUACAAUUCGUUCCGUCCUUGCAGUGGCUUCGUUCAUCUGAAUUUUAAUUUACAAGAUAGACUGACUACCUGGAAAUGGGAGCUUUGACAAGCAGACAAAAUGCUGGAGUGGAGGAGGUUGACAUACCAUCCAACUCUGUUUACAGAUAUCCACCGAAAACCGGGAGCUACUUUGCCAGCCAUUUUAUUAUGGGAGGUGAGAAGUUUGAGUCGACCCAUCCUGAGGGCUACCUGUUUGGCGAAAACACUGAUCUCAACUUUCUUGGAAACAGACCAGUGACAUUCCCAUACAAUGCUCCACCACCUCACGAACCAGUGAAAACACUGCGCAGUCUCAUCAAUAUCCGCAAAGAUACCCUGCGAUUGGUCAGGUGUAGUGAAGACAUGACGUUACCAGGGCAAGAGGCUGGAAAAGGCCACACUUGCUACAACAUUGAGUUUACCUUUGAUGCUGACACGCAAGUUGCCAUCACUAUUUACUACCAAGCCUCGGAGGAAUUCCACAAUGGUGUGCCCAUAUAUCUGCCACAGGAUGGCUCAUUGCAGUCUGAGACUGUGCAUUUCAAGAGAGGUGUCUGCCAGCAGUUCUGCCUACCUUCACAUUCUGUCAACUUAUCAGAGUGGUCAGAUGAGGAGCUUUUAUUUGACAUGGAUAAAGAAAUCUUCCCAAUGGUUGUACAAGCAGUGGUCGAUGAAGGGGAUGAGCAUUUAGGACACUCUCACAUUCUUCUUGCAACUUUUGAGAAGCACGUGGACGGCAGCUACUGUGUGAAACCACUAAAGCAGAAGCAAGUGGUGGAUGGAGUUAGUUACCUAUUACAGGAAAUUUAUGGCAUAGAAAACAAAUACAACAGCCAAGACUCUAAAGUGGCUGAUGACGAGAUAAGUGACAACAGUGCGGAGUGUGUGGUGUGUCUGUCAGAUGUGCGUGAUACGCUCAUCUUGCCCUGCAGACACCUGUGCUUGUGCACGGCCUGCGCAGAUACACUGCGUUACCAGGCCAACUGCUGUCCAAUCUGCCGCCUGCCAUUCCGAGCCCUACUGCAGAUCCGAGCCUUGAGGAGGAAGCUGAACCCCAUCUCCCCGACUGGAUUCAACUCAGUCAUCACUUCACAGACCUCUGACUCUGAGGAACACUCGGCUCCGGAGCACAUUCCGGCAGGUUACGAGGCUGUGUCCCUGUUGGAGGCCCUGAACGGCCCUCUGAACCCCUCGCCAUCUGCUCCUCCCUUGCAAGGCCUGAAGAAGGGCCAUGUCUCUGGGACCCUGCCUUCGUAUAGCAGUGAGGGUCACCACAUGACUGCACACUCACUCUCCCCUGUAGAACAUGCCAUCAACCCCAGCCAGGGUCUCAAACUCAAGAAGAGUGACUCCAAGUCCCUCUCCCAAAAUUCCUCAGUGCUUCCCGAGGAGGAGGAUGAGAAGUCAUGCAGUGAAUCAGAGGUUCAGGCAUGCAGGAGGAAGCUGCCUAUGGAACAGCAAGAGUGUGGUGUGACCCCAGAGAGUGACAACCUCACUCUGUCCUCGUGUGGGGCCAUAGGCCAGUCCUCCUGCACAGACACGCCAUUGUCUUCCACUAUAACCUCCCCUGAAGAGCCAGUGAGCAGCAGCCUGGCUCAGUCUGUAAUGUCCAUGGCAUCGUCACAGAGCCAGCACUCCCAGAUCAGCACAGAUACACUCUCAUCGAUGUCUGGCUCCUACCUGGCAGCAGCUGAGGGGGAGGAGCCCCACGAGAGUCUGGCUGAGAGCCAGGGACCAUCCCGGCUGGAGGUCGAGCAGGCAAUCCCUAGUGACUCAAAUGACCAUAACUUUGUGACAGCCAUGGGUGAAGAACAGGAUUCGGAGGGAAAUGAUGUCACAGAGGAGGACUGUGCAUCUCCUACUAAAGACCAGGGUGGGCGCAGCAGGAACGAUGUGCCUUGUCCAGAGUUUGACAAUAACAAUCAGGGGCAGUCUGACACCCACUGUCUGACACUCCUGGACAAUGAACAGGCUUCUGAUGGCCAAUUCGCUGGACUGCUGUACCUCGAAGCUUACCGGUGUUCACAGGCACAUCUGCCUCACCAUGCCUCCACCAGCAACAUCAACCUGGAGAAGCAACAGGUCACCAACAUGGGGGCAAGUCCAAAAAGGACACCAAAAAUUCGACGUGGACCGCUAGCAGUGUGAAACAUACUGCAGCCUGCUGUUACGCACCUACACAGCACUUCCCUGUUGCAGCCUGAGGGCUGUCAAGCCCCUACACCACAACUCAUCAUGUCACCCCAUACCCUGGUCUUAACAAAACCAGAAUUCAGCUAGAGACUUCUUUUCAAUUUUUUUUCUUUCUCUACUUUUGGUACAAGUCAGUAUGUUACUGAGAUAUUUAUGUGGCUUCCCUUCCUCACUGUGCUAAAAUAUGUUGUGUUGACACCUGUGUAAAGCAAAGAAUUUAAAUGAGUGCCUGCCAGUAUAUGUGGAGGCCCCUUUACCAGUACAUGUAAAGGAGCACUAAAAAUGCCCUUCUUAAUGAGCAGAACUGGUGGAAAUUUGAUGAUCGCUUUUGAAGUCAUGAUUCAUGAAGGGCUUUCUUGAGAGGUCAGUAGUGGAUAAUGUGUUCUUUGAUUAUGAUUGCCUGUAGUAUAGCUGGACUACCUGGUUUUUACUUCCCUCAACAGAAGAAAAGGUUAAAUUACUGUACUGGCCUGAUGGGAUGUUUAGUAUGGAUCAACUACUCAUUUGCAUGCACAGAACCUCUGGACAAACCAAUCCUGUGUUCUUUGUACCUCAGCUCUAGAAUACUCCGUGUUGGAAUGUCAGUAUUAACAUGUUGCACUUCCUUUCUCAUGACAUAGGAACUGAAAAAGAUGAUAAAAGGCUUCUAAAGUGGCUGAAUGUGCAACGCUUAACAACAUAAGAACCCAACAAAGAGAAGAUUUUCCAAAUAAGCCCCUAGUACACGGAUUCGCCUGCUCUACUUAAGGGAUAUCUAACACGUCACAGUAUGAAUUUAUAGCAAUAACACAUCUUUGCGCUGCAACUGUCCUUAUUAGAUUUGCUGCAAUCACUGAGAUGGUCUUACAGCUGUGCAUAAAACACAGACAUAUAACAGCCUAAAGCUACAAAGCUGCCUCACCUGCCUUCUAAAUCAGACUGGCUAUGGAUCUGAAUAAAAUCACUGGUGAUCAGAAAAAAAUCGUCCACAAAUGGCAACAAACCUUAUAUAGAUAAUGCUAUGAUAUAUUUACUAUAACAGUUAUUCUUGUGUUCUGUUGACUGUUGGUGCAUCAUUUUUUGGAUGGAGAGUGGGGGUGGGUGGUAGUUAAGGGGUAGGAUUAAUAGUGCAAUUAACUUGGUUUUGAACAGAACCUGGGAAUAAAUGGUUACUAGUGCCCCAUAGAGAUGCAUUACAUGAAACAGAUUUGCAUGAGGAAUAUGGAUUGCUUAGCCAGUGUGCCAGUGUGACUUUGAUCUGCCAGAUCUUUUAAAAUGCGAUUUUAUGCAUUCCACUUGGCAGGAGUGAACUGUACUUUGCAGGAUUCUACAUCCAAAAGUGUUUACUUGGCAUCUUGGCCAACUAAUUUGGUUUGAUAUUAAAUGCAGCAUAAAUGUGCCACCUACUUGACAAUGGUGGACAGCCAAUUGAUAACACUGAAUUUUACAAUGGUGUUUUCAAAGGAUACAGAUCUUAUAAGAUUUCACAUUUUAUGAGAUUAGGAGUGCAUUAAUUAAUCUGCAUUAAUUGAUUGAUAAUCUUAUUUUAUUGGUUCCUUUGGCUUUGCCCCAUAUGUGAUUAAACAAAAUGCCCCAAUAAUGACACAUCAGAUACGUGUUCUAAAUAAAUCUGGAGACAAUCCCAAAUGAGUCAUAUUUAUGAUUUCCUUUUAAAACAUGUCUAUAGGCAUUUUUUGUAAAAAGAUUUUUUUUUUUUUUUUUUUUUUUUUUUUAUGUAGGUCUUGUAAUAGGUCUUGCUAUUGUUAUUAGACUGUCAAUUUUGUUCUGUAAUUAUAUGGGUAAUGAUGUAAAAUUAUAAUAACUGUUUCUACAGAAGAAACAAUGUGACCUUUCACAAGUGCACAGUUAGGAAUGUUUGUUUGUUUCCCCUAGACCACAAGUAUAUGGCAAGUGUAACACAAGCAUGGUAGUUUCGACCAUUCCCCACAAGUCAAUAGAUGUAUGUUUAAAAAAAAACAAAAAAAAAACACGUACAUUAGCAGUAAAUAUUUACAGUAGUCCCCUCUGUCCUAACGUUUCCAGCCUCUGCUUACAAACAGAAGUUUCAGAAAAAUUAGGUCUAUUGAUUUAGAAGACUGCAUGGACAUGGUUUUUUGCUUAAAAAUAAUAGAUACCUAUCUGUGCAGUGAGAUUAUUGCAGUGAAAUGUAAGUUAGAUUGUUCUCUAAGGACACUUCAGGAGCUGAAUUGUUGUAAAGAAAACUUCCUUCCUAAAUGCUUAUGGAGCAUUGUUUCGUUAUCUGAAUGCACUCCCUUCUGUUAUGUUUUAUUGUUGUCAUCCUGCACUGAUAUGGAAAAUUACUGUGAUGAAUUACAAAAUGGACUGAGUCUAUAAAUUAGUCACUUUUAUAGAAUGAAAGAUACAAAUGUCAAAACAAACAUUUCUUAUUAAAAUGUUGUUCUACCAA